AUGGCCGACAGCUCGGUCCACUCUCGCCCCAUGGCAGCCCAGGGCGCAGAGGAUGGAGAAAUAGACCUAGAGGACGUUGAAAAUACUGACCCAGACUACGCACAGGAUCGCGAGAACGAUAGCGAGUUUGAGGCGACCGAGGAGGAUUUGUUUCAGGGUGGUAUCUACGAACCAUCCGUCCGGAUUCAAGUCCAGGGGAGUGAAGAAGAGAGUGAAGGGCCGGGAGGCGAUGGAGUGCGCCCACGACCCGGUGCACCCGAAGAACGAGGGUGCAGCAUUCGAAAGAUUCGACUUGGGAACCUCUUUGUCCGCAUGACGCGGAGCACAUCACACCUCGACGACUAUCUGGACGUUUUCGUACUCGUCGUUGUUUCCAGGAAGUCGAAGACCAACCCCAACAACAAGCUGAAUCAUCAGUUUCUUGCAAGGCAUAGGGACUGGCGGCUCUGCGGAAUGGGCCAUGUGUUCCUGUGGCUUUAUUUCAUCUACGACCUCGUUCCUCUGCGCUACGGCCCCGGUAUCGUCGAGCCUCUCGACUUUUCUGAACCGAUCUUGUGGACGAAAGCGCACCUCUUCUUUUCUUUGAAGAAGGGCGGCCAGGGAGAGCAGAAGCAAGACGAGAUGCACUACAAAACGCAUAACACCUGGAUUAAGUGGGCCAUGACGAAGGCGAGAUGGAUUCUGAGCAAGGUAACACAUGCAUUCCGCAGAUCCGGAGCGCAACAACUCCAUGACGACGGUUGCUCCGACAACGAUAUCGGCACUCUGGGCGGAUGGGCGCAGGGGGAGUUGCGGAGGUGUUAUGUGUUCGGCAUACCGUUCAAGCCGGUUUGGCUGCUGGCAGGAUUCAGCGGGGAUCGUGGAGACUACUACAUCGGCAGAGCCCGCGCCAAGCUUCCGCGGCAUAAGGUUAAGGAGAAGGAUGAGUGGUUGCAGCUCUUGGAUCUCUUGAGGCUUCACAUUUUCCCCUGGGUCGAAGAGGGUUGGAAGAAGGUCGAAGAAUGGAACGCUGCGCAGACCGAUCCGCUGAAGAGGCACUAUGCGGGGGCGAGGUUCCUAGACACCCUCGCCAGCAUCGGACGCCUCGUUGUUGCACAGGAUCUGGCUAUGAUGUGGGCGUUCUGCCAUCAGCACGGCGUGAGAAACCCGCGGUGCAAUUGCGAGAGGCAUCCAUAUGUGCAGAUGAGCCCCUUGUGCAACCACCCGCUGUUCCAAAAGUGGGCGUACCUGGUCGCUAUCUCUCACUUCCAGGGCGAGAAGCUUCGGGCAACCGGCCAAACCACCGCCAAAGCAGACGCUAUCUUUCGCACGACCGCAGAAGAGAAGCUGCAUAAGAUGCACCUCACCGCCAAUAUGCUCAGGGAGGAGCUUGGGAUUUUGAGAGGACGUGAAAUGCAGUUGGCGAUGGAGAACGCUGAACUGAGGGAGAAACUCGCCGCUGAGUGA